UUAUUUCCUGUGUGUUGGGAGAAUGGAGAGAAAAAACCCCGAGCCGAGCCGCCUUCGGCCCCUACCAGGCGGCCACGGCCUCCGCCGGGGGAGCCCGCCCUGAGGCGCGCCGGGCCGCCGAGCGAACGAGCGAGCGCGCGGGCGGGAGCGAGCCUCGAGGGGCCGCGGCCCCGGCCCGCCCCGCCGCCGGCUGGGGCGUCCGAGCUGGAGGCGGCGGAGGCACCCCCACCCCCACCCCGCGCAACGCCGCCCGCCGCCGCCGCUCCCUCCCCUCCUGCCCCGGGCGGAGGGCGAGGGACGGGGCGAGGGGCUCCCGCAGGAGGGCUGCUGGCCCGCUGCUGUACUGCUGAACAGUAUGCAGUCCUUCCGGGAGCAAAGCAGUUACCACGGAAACCAGCAGAGCUACCCACAGGAGGUACACGGCUCGUCCCGGAUAGAAGAGUUCAGUCCUCGCCAGGCCCAGAUGUUCCAGAAUUUUGGAGGUGCAGGUGGUGGUAGUAGUGGCAGUGGCAGUGGUGGUGGCCGUCGAGGAACAGCAGCAGCUGCUGCCGCAAUGGCUAGUGAGACCUCUGGCCAUCAAGGCUACCAGGGCUUUAGGAAAGAAGCUGGCGAGUUUUACUACAUGGCAGGCAACAAAGAGCCUGUGGCAACGGGAACCCCGCAGCCGCCUCAGCGAAGGCCUUCUGGGCCUGUGCAGAGCUACGGUCCGCCCCAGGGGAGCAGCUUUGGCAACCAGUAUGGGAGCGAGGGUCAUGUGGGCCAGUUUCAAGCCCAGCACUCCGCCCUUGGUGGUGUGUCUCAUUAUCAGCAGGAUUACACAGGGCCGUUUUCUCCAGGGAGUGCUCAGUACCAGCAGCAGGCUUCCAGCCAGCAGCAGCAGCAGCAACAGCAGCAGCAGCAGCAAGUACAGCAGUUGAGACAGCAGCUUUACCAGUCGCAUCAGCCUCUGCCUCAAGCCUCCGGCCAGCCGCCGUCCAACUCAUCCCACCUGCAGCCCAUGCAGCGGCCCUCCACUCUGCCGUCCUCUGCUGCUGGUUACCAGUUAAGAGUGGGUCAGUUUGGCCAGCACUACCAGUCCUCUGUCUCCUCCACCUCCUCCUCCUCCUUUCCUUCACCGCAGCGUUUCAGCCAGUCUGGACAGAGCUAUGAUGGCAGUUACAGUGUGAAUGCUGGGUCUCAGUACGAAGGACAUAAUGUGGGGUCUAAUGCACAGGCUUAUGGAACACAGUCAAAUUACAGCUAUCAGCCUCAAUCCAUGAAAAAUUUUGAACAGACCAAGAUUCCACCAGGGGCCCAGCAGGGGCAGCAGCAGCAGCAGCAGCAGCAACAGCAGCAGCAGCAGCAGCAACAGCAGCAGCAGCAACAGCAGCAGCAGCAGCACCCAGCUCAGCAUGUGAUGCAGUACACCAACACUGCCGCCAAGCUGCCUCUACAAAGCCAGGUGGGGCAGUAUAGCCAGCCUGAGGUUCCUGUGAGGUCCCCCAUGCAGUUCCACCAGAACUUCAGCCCUAUUUCCAACCCUUCUCCAGCUGCCUCGGUGGUCCAGUCUCCAAGCUGCAGCUCUACCCCAUCACCUCUCAUGCAGAGCGGAGAGAAUCUCCAGUGUGGGCAAGGCAGUGUGCCCAUGGGUUCCAGAAACAGAAUUCUACAGUUAAUGCCUCAGCUCAGUCCAACCCCAUCCAUGAUGCCCAGUCCCAAUUCUCAUGCUGCAGGCCUGAAAGGGUUUGGCCUGGAAGGUGUCCCGGAAAAACGCCUCACAGACCCAGGGCUGAGUAGUCUGAGUGCUCUGAGUACUCAAGUGGCCAAUCUUCCUAACACUGUCCAGCACAUGUUGCUCUCAGAUGCCCUGACUCCUCAGAAGAAGACUUCCAAGAGGCCCUCCUCGUCUUCUAAGAAAGCAGAUAGUUGCGCGAAUUCUGAGGGCUCCUCACAGCCUGAAGAACAGUUGAAGUCUCCGUUAGCGGAGUCAUUGGAUGGAGGCUGUUCCAGCAGCUCAGAAGAUCAAGGCGAGAGAGUGAGGCAGCUGAGCGGCCAGAGCACCAGUUCUGACACCACUUACAAGGGAGGCACCUCGGAGAAGGCCGGUGCCUCCCCUGCACAGGGGGCUCAAAGUGAAGCCCCCAGACUCAGUGCCAGUCCUGCAGCCAGAGACGAGGCCACCUCACCGGGUGCCAAGGACAAUGCUGUGUCCUCUGAGGGGAACCCAAAAGUCAAUGAGAAGACAGUUGGGGUAAUUGUCUCCCGGGAAACCAUGACAAGUCGAGUCGAAAAGCCUGGUGGACAAGAGAAAGGCUGCUCCCAGGAGGAUGAUCCCGCAGGCACGCAGAGGCCUCCAAGCAAUGGUGGGGCCAAGGAAGGCAGCCUCGCCCCUCUCCCGCAGCCAGAUCCUCCAGGAGGCGGGAGCAAAGGGAGCAAGAAUGGAGACAGCAGCUCCAACCACAAUGGAGAAGGCAGUGUCCAGGCUGGCCACACUGCAGUGGGGCCUGCAUUUACAAGCAGGACUGAGCCUAGCAAGUCUCCUGGAAGUGUACGCUACAGUUACAAAGACAGUUUUGGGUCUGCCGUGCCACGAAACGUCAGCAGCUUCCCUCAAUAUCCUACAGGGCAAGAAAAGGGAGAUUUCACUGGCCACGGGGAGCGGAAGGGUAGAAAUGAGAAGUUCCCUAGCCUUCUGCAGGAAGUCCUGCAGGGUUAUCACCACCACCCGGACAGGAGAUACUCUAGGAGUGCUCAGGAGCACCAGGGGAUGGCUGCUGGGCUGGAAGGAGCCUCGCGGCCCAAUGUCUUAGUCAGUCAGACCAAUGAAUUAGCUAGCAGGGGUCUUCUGAACAAAAGCAUUGGAUCCCUAUUAGAAAAUCCCCACUGGGGCCCCUGGGAAAGGAAAUCUGGCAGCACAGCUCCCGAACUGAAGCAGAUCAAUUUGGCUGACUAUCCAAUUCCCAGGAAGUUUGAAAUAGAGCCUCAGUCGUCAGCUCAUGAGCCCGGGGGCUCGCUCUCUGAAAGAAGAUCAGUGAUCUGUGACAUUUCUCCACUAAGACAGAUUGUCAGGGACCCGGGGGCUCACUCCCUGGGACACAUGGGUGCCGACACCAGAAUCGGGAGAAAUGAACGUCUGAACCCAAACUUAAGUCAGUCCGUCAUUCUUCCAGGUGGGUUGGUGUCCAUGGAAGCAAAGCUGAAAUCCCAGAGUGGGCAGAUAAAAGAAGAAGACUUUGAACAAUCCAAAUCCCAAGCUAGUUUCAACAACAAGAAGUCUGGAGACCACUGCCAUCCUAGCAGCCUCAAGCAUGAGUCUUUCCGUGGGAAUGCCAGCCCAGGGGCAGCGGCCCAUGAUUCCCUUUCAGACUACUGCCCGCAGGACAGCAGGCCCACACCAAUGCGCCGGGUCCCCGGCAGGGCUGGUGGCCGGGAAAGCAUGAGGGGUCGGUCUCCUUCUCAGUAUCAUGACUUUGCAGAAAAACUGAAGAUGUCUCCUGGGCGAAGCAGAGGUCCCGGGGGAGACCCUCAUCACAUGGGCCCACACAUGGCCUUCUCAGAGCGGGCCAACAGGAGUUCUCUGCAUGCUCCGUUUGCUCCCAAUUCAGAAAGCCUGGCCUCUGCCUAUCACGUCAACACUCGGGCCCACGCCUACGGAGAGCCCGGGGGGGGUCUGAACUCGCAGCUCCAUUACAAGAGGCAAAUGUACCAGCAGCAACAGGAGGAGUACAAGGACUGGAGCAGCAGCUCUGCUCAGGGCGUGAUUGCUGCAGCCCAGCAUCGGCAAGAGGGCCCGCGCAAGAGCCCGAGGCAGCAGCAGUUCCUUGACCGGGUGCGGAGCCCUCUGAAAAACGACAAGGAUGGCAUGAUGUACGGCCCCCCCGUAGGCACUUACCACGACACCGGCGCCCAGGAGGCCGGACGCUGCCUCCUGGCUGGGGAUGGUCUGCCCAACAAGGGCCUGGACUUGAAGCACGGUUCCCAGAAGUUACAGCAAGAGUCUUGCUGGGAUCUUUCUCGGCAGACCUCUCCAGCCAAAAGCAGUGGUCCUCCAGGAUUGUCCAACCAAAAACGGUAUGGGCCGCCUCAUGAGACUGAUGGGCACGGACUGGCUGAAUCUGCCCAGCCAUCCAAACCUGGCAACAUGAUGCUACGGCUUCCAGGUCAGGAGGAUCAUUCCUCCCAAAACCCCUUAAUUAUGAGAAGACGGGUCCGUUCCUUUAUCUCUCCCAUUCCCAGUAAGAGACAGUCCCAAGACGUAAGGAAUAGUGGCGCUGAAGAUAAAGGGCGCCUCCUUCACCCCCCAAGAGAAGGUGCUGACAAGGCAUUCAAUUCCUACGCCCAUCUUCCCCAUAGCCAGGACAUCAAGUCCAUCCCCAAGAGAGAUUCCAAGGACCUUCCGAGUCCAGAGAAUAGGAACUGCCCUGCCGUUACCCUCACAAGCCCUGCCAAAACCAAAAUAUUGCCCCCGCGGAAAGGCCGGGGGUUGAAAUUGGAAGCUAUUGUUCAGAAGAUCACGUCCCCCAACAUUCGGAGGAGUGCGUCCUCCAACAGUGCCGAGGCCGGGGGCGAUGCAGUCACACUCGAUGACAUCCUGUCCCUGAAGAGCGGGCCCUCCGAAGGCGGGAGUGUGGCCAUCCCGGACGCUGAGCUGGAGAAGAGGAAAGGCGAGGUGGUGUCUGAGCUGGUGAGCCCAGCACACCAGGACCUGAGCGUCGAGAAGCCUCUGGCACGGGCUGCAGAAGACUGGCGUGGCAGUGGUGACGACAAAGUGAAGACAGAGACACGGCCCGAGACAGUUCCUGCUGGGAAAGAAGCCCCUGGUGCCAUGACCUCCGUGACCUCACAGAAGCCUGGGAGUAACCAAGGGAGACCAGAGGCUCCCCUGGGUGGAUCUGCACCUUUAAUCUUUGCUGACUCUAAGAAUGUACCCCCAGGGGGCAUCCUGGCCCCUGAGACAAACCCCAAGGCAGAAGAGAAAGAGAAUGAGGCAAUGAUCUCCCCCAAACAGGAGAGCUUCCCUCCAAAGGGAUACUUCCCUUCGGGAAAAAAGAAGGGGCGACCCAUUGGUAGUGUGAACAAGCAGAAGAAGCAGCCGCCGCCGCUGCCUCCGCCUCCGCCGCCGGUCCCAGAGGGUGCUGCGGAUGGAGAGCCAAAGCCAAAAAAGCAGCGGCAGCGGCGGGAGAGGAGGAAGCCCGGGGCCCAGCCCCGGAAGCGCAAGACCAAGCAGGCCGUGCCCAUCGUGGAGCCCCAGGAACCCGAGAUCAAACUCAAGUAUGCCACCCAGCCGCUGGACAAAACCGAUGCCAAGAACAAGUCCUUCUUCCCUUAUAUCCACGUUGUGAAUAAGUGUGAGCUCGGAGCUGUUUGUACAAUCAUCAAUGCUGAGGAAGAGGAGCAAACCAAAUUGGUGAGGGGUCGCAAGGGCCAGAGGUCACUGACCCCGCCACCCAGCAGCACUGAGAGCAAGGUGCUCCCAGCCUCUUCCUUCAUGUUGCAGGGGCCUGUUGUGACAGAGUCUGCUGUGAUGGGGCACCUGGUGUGCUGUCUUUGUGGGAAGUGGGCCAGUUACCGGAACAUGGGUGACCUCUUUGGACCUUUUUACCCACAAGAUUAUGCAGCCACUCUCCCGAAGAAUCCGCCCCCUAAGAGGGCCGCGGAAAUGCAGAGCAAAGUGAAGGUACGGCACAAAAGCGCCUCGAAUGGCUCCAAGACGGACACGGAGGAGGAGGAGGAGCAGCAGAAGGAGCAGAGGAGCCUGGCUGCGCACCCCAGGUUUAAGCGGCGCCACCGCUCGGAGGACUGUGGCGGGGGCCCUCGCUCUCUGUCCCGGGGGCUUCCUUGUAAAAAGGCUGCUGCAGAGGGCAGCAGCGAAAAGACUGUUUUGGACUCAAAGCCCUCCGUGCCCACCACUUCGGAAGGUGGCCCCGAGCUGGAGUUACAAAUCCCUGAACUACCUCUUGACAGCAAUGAAUUCUGGGUCCACGAGGGUUGUAUUCUCUGGGCAAAUGGCAUCUACCUGGUCUGCGGCAGGCUCUACGGCCUGCAGGAAGCGCUGGAAAUAGCCAGAGAGAUGAAAUGUUCUCGCUGCCAGGAGGCAGGUGCCACCUUGGGCUGCUACAACAAAGGCUGCUCCUUCCGCUACCAUUACCCAUGUGCCGUUGACGCAGAUUGUUUGCUACACGAGGAGAACUUCUCGGUGAGGUGCCCCAAGCACAAGCCUCCCCUCCCGUGCCCUCUGCCCCCCUUGCAGAACAAGACCGCGAAAGGGAGCCUCAGCACAGAGCAGUCGGAGCGGGGGUGAGGGGGGCAGUGUGCUCGUGGGAAUGGAAAGGACAGCAAGCACAGGUGAGACUGUGGAGAUGAGAAGGUGGUGGAUGCUUGAGAUGGAUUGGAAAUCUUCCUACUGUGCAGCCACACCCCACCCCGCCUGCCCCGAUGUGCCUGCCCAUGCCAACACUUCCUUCCUAAGUUCUCAUAUCACACUCAAACCAGUGGCACCGCAGGAAAGACCCAAGAUGUUGGAAUGGCUGUUUCCAUGGACACAAUCUCCAUAGUGACAGUGUGGGGGGAGGGGGGUGGGGGGUGAUGGGGAAGGGGGGACUUAAAAGGGAGCGAUAAAAAAUAUAUAUAUAUAAAUCUAUUUUUAGUCUGGAAAGACUUUGUUUAAAUGAAAGGUGCGCUAUCCCUUUUCAUUCUAUUUUAAAAUUAUCUAGCUAAAAACUCCAAAUUUGCUCCAAUGACAGUGAAAUUUAAAUGUGAAAUUGAACUGAACCGACUCUCAUCUCAUGCAGUGCGGGAGGUGUGUGGCUUUGUUCCUAACCUGUCCCACCCCGUGCGGAGAGCACCAGCCCCAGCUGGAAGGGCAGACCAACUACACCACAACUACCCGUUUCCUGUCAUUUGUCUCAAAGUGGGAAGGUUUGGGGGGAGGUGGGGGAAGGAGGGAUGGUCCAUGUUUUCAAGAAUGGGGAAAUGAUGCUUAAACACAAAAAUAAAUUUUUUUCAUUUCCAGAAACACUAUUUAUUUAUUAUUAUUUUAAAUUUUUAAAAAUUUUUGGGGGGUGAAAUUGGCAGAUGCCCUGAUAUCCUGAAAUUCCAAUGUCCAGGGUCGCUGCGGCUGCCGAGAACCCGGAGUUCCACAGUCCAGAGGUGACUGCCGCCUGGGGCCCUCUGUCCUUGGCACACUCCAGGGAUCCUGGGGAUGGGAGGGUUCCAGGCCUGUGCCGCCAGAACGGACCAUCUGUGAGCUGCCAGGAACACCUGUUCAGCCUUGUCCCUGUUUGCUUUCAUUUGUGUAGAAGAGAAGGGGGCUUGUCAGCUACGCAGCCUGAUGCUAUGGCUUUUUUUUUAUGUUUUGUUUUGUUUUUGUUUUGUAAAUUGUAUAAUUUUUAAAUAUCUGAGUUUUAAAAAAAAAGUACAAAAAAAAUCUUGUUAAGGCCUUAAGAAGGGGUUAGUGCAUCUUUCAGGGGUCACUCUGCCAUGGGGAUAAAAUAGCUGUUUCACAAACAGUUUUAUUUAAAAAAAAAAAAAUCAAAAAAACAAUAAACUUCAUUUUAACCUUG